AUGCCUUUGCUGGGAAGUAUGGAUACCGAUAACAGUGGCACAAUAAUGCCUAAAGAAUUGAAGAUUGGUCUUGCAAGACAAGGCUCGAGAAUCUCUGACUCUGAAGUUGAACAAUUGAUGGAAUCUGCAGAUGUAGAUGCGAAUGGAACCAUCGAUUAUCUUGAGUUUAUCACAACCACGCUUAACAUGAACAGGAUUGAAAAAGAAGAUCAUUUGUAUAUAGCCUUUCGGUACUUCGACAAAGACAACAGUGGGUACAUUACAAAAGAAGAGCUAGAGCAAGCGCUAAUAAAAUAUGGAAUGGGUAACGAGGAGACCAUAAAGGAUAUUAUAGUUGAAGUGGACACAGACAAUGAUGGACGAAUCAACUAUGAUGAAUUUGCAGCAAUGAUGAGGAAAGAUAACCAAGAAGGUGUAGAGGCUAUUGACAUGGUUGAGAAGAAAGACUUUUGA